GAAUUUCGGCACGACAAGGCGGACCGUUUGCGUUGACUUCAAAAGUUCAUCCCGCGCUUAUUUCUCGGUGGGGAGCCAGUGUUGCAAGUUUUCGUCGUUUCUUCGGCUCCGGAUGAAGAAGUCGUGGAAUGAAAGAUCCCAUAACAGGAAAAGGAGAAAGUAAGAAUGGCAGAAAGCCUCGUCAGGCGUGCUGGAGUUUGGAUCUUUAGGGAAAUUGAGGGAAAUUGCGAUUAAGGCGAUACGUAAAUUUGAAUGUUGUCAGGUUGUUGCAGAAGAGGCACAUCGUGGUGACGCCGUGGAGGUUUGAAGCUUGAAAUUACGGUAUUCGUAGACGAAGGACGAUGUCUUUCUUAGUACAGAGAUGAACCUUGAUAACGGAAGGACUUCCCAAGACGACUAUAUGAGGAUGUGUGUUGUUGAAGAACAAGCUGCGAACUGGCAGGACUUGGUGAUAUCUUCAGACAAUGGAUUGUUUCAUGGAAGAAGGUUAAGGAAUUUGAUUACCCGGAGCUGAGACCAGAUUUCGCCGAGUGUCAUUGAAUGCUUGGAAGUUUGAACCUUGACCGAUUUCUUUAAGAGAAACAUGGAAGCUGUAUCUUGUUCACUAUUUGGAUUCUCUACACAAAUUGGGCUUUUGGCGUUUUCCAAACUGGGUAUCACUUUGCUAGUUGCAGUAAUUUGAUCCUGCAGUUGAAGAAUACAUUUUGAUAGAGAUGAUUACACGGCAAAAAGCAACGCUUUUACAAGCGUUGGUGCAAUCGGGACCGAAGGUGGUGACGGCAAAUGGUGUGAAAGCAAAGAUUGCAGAAGCCGAAAGAGUUGAAACAUUUUCAGAUCGAGAGCUUGUUCAUGGAAUGCAAGUGAUCAACUUGAGCAGUGACAGUGAGCAGUACGAUGAUUGUAGUCAAGGCGAAAGCGAUAGUGACUACAAUCAUGAUAGUGAGGAGGAAGCAUCUGUCAUGGACCUAUCCAGUGAUGAUGAAUUGACAACAGAGAAAGAUGAAGAGAAAGAUGAAGAGAGCGAGGUCGCUCAAGCUAAGACUUCAGAUUCUAUCAACUCACUGGUUGCUCAGGAAGUGCUACAGAUUAUCAAAGACGGAGAUGAGUCGAAAAAGCUCACUCUUGAUAAUUGUCGUUCCUACCUACGACACCACGGCAUGCGGAUCUCAGGGAAUAAACCAGUUCUUAUCGACAGGAUUAAACAGCAUAUGGAACUGAAGCAGGGCCCUCUGGAAAAGUAUCGUCCAGCAACUUUCACCAUCAAUUGUACCGGUGAUGUUUGUAAAGGAGAUGUGGUCAAAUUCAAGCGGAAGGUUUAUAAAGCGGGGAAACCAAGGAAGGGUGCUGAAGCAAUUGGAGAGCAUUUAGUUGUAGGUCGAGUUGUGAAGGAAAGUUAUGGUGAGAAGAAACAACAGCACACCUUCACGGUCGAGGUUCUGUGGAGUGCUGGCUACAAGCCUCUACCACCAAUGCGUCAACUCUUGGUGAAAGGGCGCAACCUCUACAAGCUCAGAACCUACAGGCAGAAAUGGGAAGAUGAAAGUCUUCGGAAGACGAGUCUCGAUGAGAAACAUGAAAGAGGAGCCGCAGCCAGGUCCAUUCGGAGAGAUAAAUUAAAAGCUUCCGGUCGCCCUAAGGCAGCUACUGGAACUCAAAAACAGCUCCCCAACCCCUACGUGGCUAUGGGAGUCAGUGGAAACCCUCAACCACAUUUACUGGGAGGAAGGGGAGAGCCUUCGCAGCAGGGCUCGUUUCCUAAGGUGCCAAUGGUUCAUGAACAGCGUUAUUUUCCACCUCGUAAAGAGACGGUGCCACGACAUACUUACUCCAAUUCAUCGAGAGUAGACUCCCAUCAACCGCACGUCCACGCACCGGUUAUUCUACCCGGUCAGAGGGAUGCCCGACUGAAAAAUAAUAUACCCAGUGGAUUAGACGAGUAUGAACACCACAACAAUCCACCGGCUGGAGUAGCCGGACGAAGAUAUGUUGAACCGAAGAACACUACACCCAGUGAAGUGGGCAGGAGAAUAGACGGCUACCAACAACACAACAAUCCACGGGCUGGAGUAGCGGAUCGAAGAGAUAUCGGACCGAACUACAAUAUACCCAGUGAUGUGGCGAGGAGAGUAGAUGGCUAUCAACACCACAGCAAUCCACCUGCUGGUGUAGCCGGACGAAGUGAUUCUAGACUACAUCACAGCAACCACAGUGGGUUGGGAAGGGGAGUGUACGGCUAUUAUUAUUACGACGGUCCACCGGUCGGUGUAGGUGGACGAAGAGAUGACAACCCAAGUUUAGUGGAAAGGAGAGGAGAUGGCUUUCACCAUUACAACGGUCCACCGGUUGGAGCAGGACGAAGAGAUGCCGGUCUAAUUCAUAGUAACACCAGUGUGGGGAAAAGGAGAUUCGACGGCUAUCAUCAUCAUAAUUGUCCACCUUCUGGAGGAGGUGGACUGAAUCACAAUAACCCCAGCUUAGUGGAACGGAGAGUAGACGGCUUUCAUCAGUACACAACUGCACAUGUUGGAUUGAAAGAAAAUGUACCAAUUGGAUUGCAGUUUCCUCAACCACUCCAACCACCAAAACGUACCCAGGUCAGCUGCCCAACUGCCGGCUGUAAGAACUACGGAUCGAAAGUCUGUACAUACGGGGUAUGUCUCAAAUGUUGCAAGCAGCAGGGACGGAUUUGCAAAAGACCGAAACAUUGACACAUUUGAAAAUCUGGGUGGAAAGGUAACAGGCUGUAAAAACAUGAAGAUGUAAAGAGGAUAAUUCGUUUUUUCAUUAUCUUCUGAAACGGGUUUGAGAGUUGAAACCCGGUCAGCGUAAAUCAACUCUCAACUUCUAAGGAAAGGCCUCAUUCGAAGAGAAGAAGUCAAACCCUUGUCAUGAGGAAGAUAUCAUGAUAGAUAUCACUUUGAAGUUUCAAACAAAACAUGCCACACGUUCUACAUGUGAGGUAGAUCUGUAGGUAUAGAGUAAACGUUUUUUGAUGCACCAAGUGUCUAUUUUACAAAUGUAUUAGUGCAACACCUGACUCAAGC